AUGCAGCCUGCACAGCAAUUACCACCUCAACGCGAUCCCAGGCCGCUGACUUGGGACGGCAGGCGUGUCGAUUACGUGGGACAAUGCACCAACGCAUAUCUGAAAGAGUACCAGAUGGCAAAUCACCAUCCAUCAGCACCAGUGUUCUGCGCGGACUGCAUUAAAUUCAACGGUAGAAUUAAGAGAAACUCGUGUAUAGAUCUCAACUAUUGCCUCGGGUACGAUAAGGCACAAGGCGCCUUAAUCCGCCAAUGGGAAUAUGGCGCGACGCCGAUCUCAGGAGGCCAAGUCCCCACUUGCACCUGCAUCUCGGGAUACACUUGCCAUAACGUUGUUUCUCGACCCACUUCCCUAGACAAUGUCGGCACAAGUGAAACAUUUUUGCCAAACGCUGCCUAG